AUGGUGGUAUUCAGACGAGGCCUCCACGCGGUGCCGCGGUUGGCAAACGCCAAGCAGUACGCCGCCCAGGGUAUCGAGGGCGUGUACUCGCCGCAAGGGUUCCAGCAGGCGUGGCUCGACUACCAGAAGUACUUGACGACGCAGUUGACGAUGGCGACCAUCGGCACCGAAAACGAGGUGCGGACUCCGUACCAGAUCCUCUUGAAGACGGCCAAGCAGACGACGGAGCAGCAUGUGUUCCACUACGCGUCGCAGGCCCACAACAACCACUUGUUCUUCCAGCAGUUGGUGCCGAAGCCCGAGGCGCAGACGACGCGGCCCAUGCGCCAAUUAAUGGACCGGUUAGCCCACCAAGGGGUCAGCGGCGUCCCCGCAUUGAAGCAGGCGAUGUUGGACAAGGCGCUCGCUCUGCCGGGGCAGAACUGGGUGUUUUUGUGCGAGGACGCCGAUAAGAACUUGAAGGUGGUCGAGUGCAAGAACGACGGCACCCCGUACUACUACGGCAAGAACCAGAGCAUCGACUUGACCGGUGCUAUCGACGAUGCUCUGUUUGACGCCUUGGAAGCCACCAAGGCUCAGGCGCAGGCCAGCGCCAAGGACUGGACCCUCCCGUUGCUCGCCCUCAACGGGUGGGACCACGCCUACACCGCCGACUACGGCGUUAACGGCAAAGCCGAAUUCCUCGAGCGGGCGUGGGACUGUAUCAACUGGGAUGUCGUCAACCGCCGCUUGUUUGUGGUGUAA